GUUAUUUUAUAAGUAGGAAGAGCUGCUCCCGCUCACUCUUUCGUUUUCAAUUUUUGAAUCAAAAGAAAUAAACCAAAACACGAUUCUAGGGUUUAGUUGUUCGAUUCUCCGAAACCAAUAUGCAUCAAUGGAGAAAGAAGGUGAUGCACUAGUGGAUCCUCUCGCCAAUUAUUGGGGACUUUCCCUCUUUACUUCGCCGUCUCUUCUUCCACCUUCCCAACCCUACAACUCAGACUUAGAUCUUCAAACCAUCCACACUCACCUCAAAUCCAUGGCCUUGCGGAGUCCCGCGAAACUGGUGCAGGGGGCCAAGUCUGUUUUGGAUGAUAACCCUAAUCUGUUCGGCUCUGAGAUCACGCAAGACUCAAUUUUUCAAACAACAAACGGCGCAGCAGAGGAUGGAGAAUUUCGUCGACAACAGAGACCUGGUUUGGGGCUCAAACGUCCACGCUUCUCUAUGAAGCCAACUAAAACGCCCUCUGUUGAGAGUUUGCUUCCGACUUUGGACCUUGAUAGCUUGAAAGAUCCGGCGGAAUUCUUCUCGGCCCAUGAACGGUUGGAAAAUGCAAAAAGAGAAAUACAGAAGCAGCUGGGUGGUGCCUCGUUUGAGUAUGAUCAGAAUAGCUUGUCUACUAGACCACGAGAACGUCGACCUGGGCUUUUGGGGAAUGAUCAAUUGCCAAUCAAAUACAAGCAUCGGUAUCCCAGAGAAACCUCUGAAAGUGUUCUGUCCUCCCAGGAUACGCUUGGAUCUCAGACUCUUGAUCUCGUGGCCGAGAGAACUGACAUAGAUGAAGCCUAUGUGCUAUCUUCGAAAAAAAAAGUAAUGGAUUCAUCUGCUACUAAAGGGAACAAGCUCGAUGAAUUGUUGGAUGGAUUGCUUUCAUGCAAUUCUGAGGAUCUAGAAGGGGAUGGGGCAAUUAGUCUUUUGCAGGAGAGGUUACAGAUCAAACCCGUAGCUGUAGAUAAAUUUUCUGUUCCGAUCUUCCCAGAUAGCCAGGUGACUGAUCUGAAAUCAUUGCAAGGGAAAAAGUCAAAGCCAAGGAAGGCUUUAUCCGACAUAGAUAACUUGUUGAGAGGAAUGAAUACGAAUAAGAAGACACCAAUUAAAAAGUCUACACAGAUCACUGUGCAGCAAUUAUCUUCACCCACCCCUCCAAGAAGUCCAUUUGCUUCAAUCUUGUCACUGCAGAAGCACAUUUCAAUGUCAAGGCAACCAAUGGAUCAUUUUUCACUUAAUGAAAUUGGUAUGGAAAAUUCAGAACACAAUCUUGUUCCUGGGAGGCCGAAUGAAUUGAAUGCUCACUUGAUUAAAGAUGUUGUAGUUGCAAAGACCAGUACAGUUUCGGACACAGACAGAAAUUACACCAAUCCAUCUGGAAAUUCAAAGGAAGACAAUUCUAGGAAAUCAUUGAAUGAACUGAAUGCGUCCUCAGCUGAAGAUAUAAUUGGAGUUGGUGGGACAAGCGGGGCUAAGGAAACGGUCACUAAUGGUACCAGUACAUCUCGUAAGUCUAUGGAGAGUAAUUCAAGGGAACCUAUGUUCGAUGUUGAUAUUGACUCAAGUGAACUUCAUUUUGACAUAGAUGUUGGAGGCAGUGGAAUGGGCAAAAUGGUUGGCACAGAGGACAAGUCGAACAUUGAACCAAACAUGAUCGCAGAUGUUGUUGCUGUUGACAAUACAAGUACAGUUUUGGAUACAGACAUAAAUUGCACCCAUGCUUCUGAUAUUUCCAAGGAAGAGAGUUCUGAGAAGUCAUCAAAUGAACUGAUUGCGUCCUCAAUUGAAGAUAUAACUGCAGUUGGUGGGAUAAGUUUGGCUGAGGACACUGCCAGAAAUUGUACAAGUACUCCUCAAAAGUCCAUUGAGGAUAAUUCAAGGGAACCCAAGUCUGUUAAUAAUGUUGAUUCAUAUGAACCUCUUGUUCACAUGGAUGUAGAUGUUGGAGGCAGUGAUAUGGGUGAAAGGGUUAUGCAUGACAUUGAGGACAGGCUCAAUAUUGAGGCAAAUGAAUCCUGUCAAUCCGAGGACAAUGCAGGAAAUAUGCAGCCAUUUACAACUUCCAUUCGAACUGAUGAUGCAAAUCUCAACAUGGAUAAUCCACUAGCUGAUCAAUCCGAUCUUGCUGGAUAUCAAGCCAACGCUGUGGAUAAACGAGCCAGAAGAUCAGAAGAUGAUCAAUCCAAUCCCACUGGAUAUCAAGCCGAUAUUGUACAGGAAAAGACAGAUGCUUCUAUGCAGCCUGUUAAAAAACAGAAGAGAGUUAAAUCACGUGCGCCAACAAAUGUUUCCAAACGGCAAAGCCUUGCUGCUUCCGGUACAUCAUGGAAUUCUGGAGUAAGGAGAAGCUCCAGGAUCAGGACAAGGCCAUUGGAAUACUGGAAAGGGGAAAGACCGGUGUAUGGUCGCAUACACCAAAGUUUGGCUACUGUCAUUGGGGUGAAGUGCAUCUCUCCAGGAAGUGAUGGAAAACCGACUAUGAAAGUGAAGUCUUAUGUAUCAGAUCAGCACAAAGAGCUUUUCGAGUUGGCAUCUUCGUAUUGAACAUAAAACAAGUUCCUCGAAUUUGUUUAGUACAUUGAUUCUAAUCGCAUCAUUGUCUGUAGCUAUAAUCAGUUAAGCGGCAAGACUACUAAAGUGAUAGUAGUUAAUUCUGUUAUGUACCUCAUGUUAUUUAGUCACAUCAUUGUCUCUACUUCUCUCCA